AUGACCCGAGAAGACAAGAGGGAAAGUUUUGAAAAUCAUUUAUACUCUGCAACCUUUUUAAACAGCUCAGAGACURUAUUAUUCUUUUAUGUUGCUGACUCCGACUUCUUAAAACAGCUCACAAAGAAUAACAAAGACAGGUUUCCUGGUGCUCCAGAAAAAGGAGGAUGGGUAGUGGAUAACUAUCCUCUGUCAAUAGAUCACUGGUCAGCRUUAUCAGAGAAAGGACUUUUACCUGACACUGUCGUCUGUCUGCAGAAUACGGAAAAAAAUGGAGCUUUUUUACUGCACAGACUCUACUUGGCAAAUAAGGAUGAAAUUAAUGCUAAGAUUUUGAAAAGACUAAGAGAGGAAGCAUUAAAAGAGAAAGAAGAAGAAGAAGAAGAAAGAAGAGAAAUUCAAGAGAUACUGAAACUGGAGGAAGAGGAGAAAUCUCUAGAGGCUGCUGAGGAGAAAGGUGAAGAAGUUGAAGACCAUGAUGAGCAACCUCUGCCUGAAAACAAACAAUUAUCUGAGAAACACUCCAGUGAUUCUGCUGGUUAUAAAGAAGAAUCUAAACCUGCAGAAGUCACACUACCUGAGUUUCCAGAGGACGGUUUUCCAGAUGUACCAGAAAUGAAAGUAGUUAAAAGGAAGAUUGACCUUUUCAUGCAUGACUGGCAAACCGUGGAGUCAGGAAUCAGUGAUUCACCUCUGGUUCAAGUUGCUGUGUUAGAGAUUGCUGAGCAAAGCCCAGAAAAUCUGCUUGAGCAGAUUGUCCUGGCCAUGGAAACUAAAUAUCAAGAAAAGAUUUAUUAUUUUUCAACUUCUGAGAACAGAGAUAAGUUUCUGGAGAACCCUGAGGAGUAUGUGGCUCAUAAGGAACCAAUACAGGCACCCCCCUUAAGAGUGUGUUUACUGGGGACUCAUGGAUCAGGUAAAACUACUUGUGCACGAUGGAUAGCAGAUAAAAUUGGCAUUUUCCAUAUUCAGUUUGAYGAAUAUCUGCAAGAAAUAAUGAUACGCAAAACUAAAAAGAAGGUUGGGCCUGAUUUUGAYGAUGAACCUGAAGAAGAUGACAUCAAAAUAGCAGCUCUUUCACAGGAACUGGAAGACUUCUCUCUGACUGCGACUAAAACUAAAAUUGAAGCUGAACAUGAAUUUGAAAAGAAAAGCAAACAGGAAAUAGAGCUAACUGAUGAGGAAGAAGCGAUUAAAGCAAAUCUAGUGGAAAAUGAGCCUUUGCCUCCAGAAGUGCUUGAUAACAUUGUUCCUGACUGGUGGAGGAAAGAGCCAUUCCGGAAAGGRGAUGUAUGUGAUGCUGAGUGGCGAGGUUCUCAUCCUGUAUUGGAGAAAGAAUUGUCAGUAAUUAUGAAAAACAUUGUCAGCAAACUUUCUGUGAUAAACUUUACCAAAAUAAUAUUCAGGGAUAAGAAGAUGGCUAGAAGAAGGGCAGAACUUUUGGCAGAACAGAAAAAAAAGAAGCAGGAGGAAUAUGAUGAAACCAGUGAAAAUGAAGAUGAAAAUGAGGAUAUUGAAGCUGUACUUGAAGAAGAGUUUUUGGAAGAAGAAGAAGAGGAAGAAACUGAAGAAGAACAAGAGUCUGAUGCUGUUGAACGUAUGCGAAAUGAAAUUGCAGAAAAGUUUGAAUCAGAAAGAGAUCAUUUACAAAGUGUGCAGGAAGAAUUUGACAGGAUGUUAAUACCUCAGAUCGAGAUCAGUGGAGAACGAAAGCCUCACGUCGUACGCUACCGAAUAUAUAGGAAGCUGAAUCCUCUGGUGGAAAAUCGCAGAAGCAUUUUUGAGAAAUGUUACCCAAUAAGUUUGCCACUUGCACAUAAAAUGCUCAUUUUCUCAUAUAAAUAUCCAAGUUCUUUUGGCCAGUGGGAUCCUGUCAAGCUAAGUGAAGGAGAUAUAAUCAAAUCACCACAGAGCCAUGAAAACCCAGUCUAUCCUGUAAUCCAUCGACAAUAUAUUUAUUUCCUUUCAAUUGCCAAGAAAUUUGCAAGCGCGUAUGGAUUCCUGCACCUGACUGUGGGGGAUGCCAUACGRCUGGUGUUAAACGACCAGCCAGAAAGUGAGCUGGCGCUCGUGAUAAAAUGGCAUCUUCACAAAGGACUCACUGUGCCCGAUGAACUGGCCGUCCAGGCUCUAGACGUGACUCUCAUGAAUCAAAUGUGCACCACUGCUGGAGUUGUUAUGGACGGAUACCCUCUCACAAGGAAACAAGUAAACCUCCUUGAAUCGGUUAGGAUAAUUCCAGCRAAAAUCUUUGAACUGGAAAUGGAUGCAAAAGAAGUGUUCAGAAGAGCACUGUCAGAUAAGGAAAACACAAAUAGACAUCCCUACCCUGACCACGACAGCUCACAGAUUCUCGCUAUCCGAAAUUCCUGUUAUAAACAACACAUCGAUGCAAUAAGGACUUACUAUGAGAAGGAGCAUCAGAACUGGUGUGUGAUUGAUGCCCUUCACAGCAAGUGGUGGAUCUGGAACAAAGUACUCCAGGAAGUUCAAGUGGUGGUUAAAGAAAUCCAGAUAUAUUUGGAAAGAAUAAGAGAAGGCAAAGCAGCCAGCAUUGCUGAUUUAUGCAUCACCCCUGAAGAGCUGCACUAUCGGCUGGGGGAGUUUGGGCAGUACUGCCCUGUCAGCCUUGCAGAGAAACACGAGCUGCUCGACUGCUCCGUAACCUCCUCCCUGCAGUUUGCUGCCGAGUUUCGAGGACACUACUACAAAAUGGCUUCGCAGGAGGAGCUGGAGAAAUUCUUGAAUGAGCCAGAGGUGUAUGUACCACCACUAGCACCUCAUCCUCUUCCACCUCCAGAAAUGCUACCAAAGAAACUAACGGCAGCAGAAGUGAAGGCCUUAUUCCCUAAAAGUGCAGAAAUGCAGGGAUACUGUCCAGUCACUUACCUAGAUGGAAAACAGAGAUAUGAAGCUUUGGUGCCUGGAAACAUUGAAUACGCUGCAAAAUAUCGAGAUAAGGGAGUAGCAACUUCUCUAAUAAAAGCUCUGAAUGAAGUAGGCUGCUUAAAGCCAAAGUUUCCAUUCCUGAGUGUAAAAAAAACUGCUCUGCUGUUUGUGGCCUGUCAUUUAAAAGCCUACAACCCCCGGAGCUCGGAGCCCGUGCGGAGGAAGUACCGCAGGAAACUGGAGCAGUUCGUGGAUCACUGCGCCCUCAUUCCCUACCUGGGCGCCAAGAUGACGUGCCGCUACCGGGAGCCCCACAGCAGGCCUGCYGACCUCGACAGCAAGCUGCGGACCUUCCUCUCCCUGAAGGGCACGAGGCCCAGCUUCCUUUAG